AUGCCUCAUAGCGAUGAGCCUAUCGAACACUUAACUCAGGAAGAUGUGUUACCGGCCAAUGAGGUUGAUGAGGAAGAGGAUGAUGAAGAGGAUGGUGAUGAUGAUUGUUCUCAUGGUUCAGAUGGUAGCGGUGAUGAAGGUGACUUCGAUACAUGUAGAGUAAAAAAUGGUUUUGAUUUGGAGGAUGAUGAGGAUAAGGAUGAUAUAUCCGUGGGCUCUGAAGAAGAACAAAGUAGUGACGAAGAUGAUAUUGGAAAUGGUGGUGAAGAACAAGUCUCAUUUGUUGAUGAAGCAAGACCAUCAGUUAAUGAAAGGCCAGUCCAAACAUUGAUUGAACGGCCCAUCACGGCGUACAGCCCUGCCAUAAUCCCUGUUGUUUGCUCGUAA